UAAGGAUUGACCGGAGUUAUAAAUCUUACGGAAAUGAAGAAAGAUUAUAAGUUGACUCAAAUGUACAUGCCUUUCUAUGCAGCUUGCAUAUCAGCUGCUAUAGGCUUUCUGUUCUUCUUCUUGUCGUUUUCGAGUCCUUAUUGGUUACAGUCGUAUGAUCGUGUACACAGUUCUUUUCUGCAUAUGGGGAUUUGGUCUGUAUGUUUUGACAAAUUUGUGCAUCCACAAGAUUAUCACGCGAAUGUACUGACCGGGUGCUUUUGGGUAUACGAUCGUUUUUUCUUCAAGAUUGGCAUAUGGCAGUGGCUAAAUCCAUAUUGGUUGAUUGGUGUUCAAGUUCUGAUAACUAUAGCAUUCACAGCAAAGUGCUGUGUUAUCUUGAUCCUUGUCCUGUAUCAUUUGUUGUUUGGUCAUCCAGCUGCUGAAUCAACUAUGGCUCUCAUUGGUGAGAUGUUUAUUGGGAUUGUGUUGACAAUAUGUAUUUUAGUAUUUGGUAUCAGUUCACAAAGUCGAAUAUGGAUGCCAAGACCUGAUCAAUAUUUCCUGUCAUGGUCAUUUGGUUUCAUUAUUCUAGCAGCAAUCUGUUCUUUUAUUUCAUCUGGUUUCUUAUAUUGUAUCAGUUAUACAGAUAGAGCAGCUCAAGAAGAAGUUGAAAAAUUCGAAGCUGUUGAAAAAAAUUAUGGUGGUAUUAUGCCAAGCGUUUUAUCUAUUGGUCGAAUAGGCAGUGGUGGUUUGUACAGUGGAGGAGGAUUGAGUGGGAUUGGUGGUGCAGGUGGUGUGGUAGUUAAAGUACCACCAACUGGAGCACGUCCUGAACAAGUCAUUGCAUUAGAUUCCGACUUACGACCUAUGGAUACAGGACAUGAGAGUAUGAGUUUAUUUUCACCAAGUAUUGCACCCACUAAUAAUAACAAUUAUUAUUAUCCCGCGAAAUCAUUAGAAAAACAAUCAGCACAUGUAAAGAAUAGUUCUUCUUCUUCUGAAUUACUAGACAAACAAACAUCAUCAACAAGUCAAGAAACACCGUUGUAUGUCAAUCAACCAAUGAAAAACUAUGCUCAUCCUUCCCAUCCACAUCGCACACAACAACACUCUAACACUUCAUCAUCCUUAUUGUCAUCCAAUAUACGAUCUCAUUCACCAUUAUUGAAUCCUCAUGAACAAGAUGACGGGGAAGCAGAUGACGGGGAAGCAGAUGUUGACGAUCGAUAUCGUACCAUGUUAUCUGGGAAUUCCGACAGACGGAAUACAAUGAUUCGACGUGACAAUGAUAAUAAUAAUAAUAAUAAUAUGCCAUCUCAAUAUCGUGGACAGUCAAUAAUACCAAGAUCUCAACGUGAUUAUCAUCAACAACAACAAAAUGCACGUUAUCCACAUUAUUGAAUAUUGAACAGAAAUUGGUUUUGUUUGUUUUACUAUUGUGAUCGAAGUUAUUGACAGUGUAUCAUAUAAAAAAAGUGUGUGUUUAGUUUUUCAAUUCACAGAAAAAAUUAAUUUUUUUAUGAAUAAAGAAA